AUCAGAAAUAACUGAAGCCGACUAAAGGACGAGACGUUUCCUUGUCAGUUACGGUUUAAAAGUCGAAUGUUUGUUAAUUAUUUAUUUAAAACCAUAUUUACAACGUUUACUUAUUGUUGACAAAUUUCCUUUCUCGUUGAUAUCGGUGUUAGUGUAAAUUAUUGUGUGAAACUAGUUAUUUUCUAUGCUGUACAACACAAACAGUUUUCCCUCCAAAUAGUCGUGCAUGCUUGAAGAAUGCCUCUGCUAAAGAAAAAAUCAUUUGAAAAGACUUCAACGACCCUUUUGAGGGACGAUGAAGAAGUCUUUUACUGCGAAAUCACCGGAGAAGUGUUCCGAGAUUACGAAGAGUUCUCAGAACGCCUUUUCUUGUGCAACUCCAUGGUAUGGACAUGCUGUAUGACGGGAAAAUCAAAUCUGACCUAUCUGGAAGCCUUGGAAAGUGAGGAAAAUGCGAAAAGAAGCCUUCAAGAAUUUCCUGUAGAACUAAAAAUCCCCAUUCUAUUUUUGGCAAGCAAAACAAAACGAACAUCAUUUGGUGAUAUGGCUGAAGAUGUCUUUAUCUAUGCCAAAGAUAGAUUUUUUAUUGGUGAGAAUUUAGAGACAAGUUUUACAAAUAACAAAUGGAAGGAUUCUCAUGUUUUGCAAGUUAUUGCGCCUGCUGAGGAGACAAUAAAACAACAAAUUACAUCUACAAAAAAUGGUACUUCACCUGAGAGGCAGUUUUUCCCGCCAUUCAACGUUUACAAAUAUGAAAUUGAACAUUUGGAUGCUGAAGAUGAGGAUGUCAGUGAGAUAAUGAUAGUGGAUCACAGUCAAAUUCGAAGGAAAAAGUCGGUUUUCAACCGAGAAAAAAGCAAAUUAUUCCUGAAACAGUAUGUUGAACAGGAUCUGAAUGGCGUUUGGGUGAUAAAACCGUCAGUCAUUGAGACUUUUGGCAUCAGCAAAAUUCAAUUUGAUCAAAUCUUUGAUGGUCCCAUGCCAAAUUUCGAAUGCACCAAAAAGUUACUUAAAAAACUGAAUGGUACUAGUAAUGGAAGGAAGGCUACAAAACAGGAAACCUUGGCCAAGUAUUUGACCAAAAACGGUUUGGCAGGUGAAGGCAAAAAAAGUAAGGGUAAAAAUGGAGCUGAAUUGAUGGAAAUGAUGAAAAAGAGGGAGGAAGAGUUCAAAGUCAAAAAACAAUUAAAGGAAGAGGAAAAAAUCGCCUUAAAGUUAAAGAAAAAGGAGGAAAACAUCAAAAUUUCCAAUUAUGUUAGGGAGUAUUACAAGCCCAAAGAAGAUCUCGAGUUAGAUGACCAUUUGAAACUUCCAGAACCUACACCCAUUAUAUCAAAAAUUCCAGAAAAGUAUAUGGGUGACAUGCUGAUGAUCCUGGAGUUUGUUGAACAUUUCUCCAAAAUUUUAUCCACAAAGGACUUUUUCCCGCAAGGUUUUACAUAUGAAAUAAUGGAGAGAGCUUUAAUAGAAAAAGAGGUGGCUGGUCCAUUGACUGAUGUUAUUCAGAUGUUUUUAACGGCUCUUUUUAAUGUACAAGACGAAGAAUCCAACCAAUAUAGAACACAAGUUGAAAAAGGAUCAGAAAUCGACGAGGAAAAAAUAAACGACAACCUUAGUCUACGCGACGCCACGCAGUUGGCAACACUGGCGUCCGGUUGGAGCAAUCAAUAUCAAGGUCUCCCCUUGUCAAGGUUACCUCUGUACUCCGUCACCGUUUCCGAGAUCCUUCGCCUUCAUUUGUUGUCGUCCGGUGCGAGAAUCAACGAUACCGGCGCCAGAUGGCGCUUCCAGCAGCGCGGAGGAUACACCAGCGAAGACGAUCCCGGUUUAUACUUAAGACUUCACGAACCACAAAUAAUCAAAGCUCUCUCGAUCCACAACGUGGUUCAAUUGUCGAUGGGCGACAAAAUAAAAAUCGUCUCCUGUCUGAUGAACCAGCUGCUCACGUACGCAGACGUGAGGGACAUUGUCGAAGAGCGAAUGGACAAGAACAGGCAGAUGAAGUUGGAAUUGAGGUCGGCGCACGCGGCCGAACGCAAACGCGAGCAAGAGUACUUGUCGGAGAAGUCGAAGAUCAAGAAGGAGUUCAAGGAGGAUCCGAAAGCCGUCACGGACAAAAUCGAGAAGUUGGACAAGGAGAAUGACAGGAAGCAGCUUCAGAACGAGAGAAAGAUCGAGAAGCUGAUGAAAGGGUGCACAGAUAAACAGAUAUUACUAGGGUUCGACCGCGCUCUUCGCAAGUACUUCAAACUGGAAUCCUUACCAGGUGUGCUCGUAAACUUCGAAGAAGAUAAUCCCGGCGUGUGUCUGGACGCGAUGGUAAAACAAAACCCGGAACUCGCGAACGCCGACAAAACGCAAAUAAUCCAGCACGUCAAAAAAGUGUACGAAGAAAUGAACAGCAGCGAUAAGGAGAACAACCCGAAAAAAUCCCCGGUGAAAAUCAACGGCACGCGCGCCUCGCUGCCGCAAGCUGAUAAAGACCAGUGUAAGGAACUGUUAGUGUGUUCCGCCGAUCCCGCCGCAUGCUCUAUACAUUCCACUACGGUCGAGAGAACGCGAUGGUCGUUUUAUCACGAUAAAUCCGACAUCGAUAAUCUAGCCAAUAGUCUCAAUAAGCGCGGCAUAAGGGAGGGGGAGCUGCAGCAAGUGAUUAAAACGGAUAAAGAGUGUUUGCAUCGAUUGGUAUCUCAAACGCCCGCGACGCAGUUAAAUCCCAAUGUGGAAACUGAAGAAAUCCUACAGAAACCCAAACGGAAAGCUGGCAAAGACAGAUACGAGGAUGCGAACCUUGGCUUCCCGGCAGAUUUACCUCCAGAGGAUGUGCUCCUGAACUCGAUUAUAGACAAUAUCCUCGAAAUGGAGGAAAAAAUGUUUGCCGGCAAUUUGGGAAGUCUUUCAGUAAAGAACCGCGAUAAGUGGAGGGAGUGCCUUUUGAGCAAAAAUUACGACGAACUGGACAAAACCAUCAUAAAACGCGAAGAUAAACAUUUGAAAGUUAAAAAGGAAACCACAGGCAAAGGUAGUCGUUCGAGCACGCCAGAAAUUAAUGAAAAACCGCCAGAAUUAAAGGAAUACAAAGAUCCUGGUAUAUGCUUGGGUCCGACUCUGGACGAGGAAAUAGAAAAUGGCGAUGUAGCCGAAGAAAACCUUCUAAAACAAUCCGAAGAGCUGACAGCAGCAAUAAAAUCCGUAGCCAUUGCUCUAGCGCAAGUAGCUCAGGCUGUAGAGCCCAAAUAUCUGAAAAAACCUCUGGGCAAAGCGGACGUGACCAAGAACGAGAAGAAAAAGGAAGAGUUCGAUGUGCUGGCCAGGUGGGAGCAGUCCUUAUUGGCGUCCACCAGUUUCAGUCAGGUGUUCUUGCACUAUGGUACGUUGGAUUCCUGCGUGAUGUGGUCAAGAUCCGCCUUGUUGGCGCGCUGCAGGAUAUGCAGGCGGCAAAAGGAUUCAGAGAAUAUGCUGCUCUGCGAUAUUUGCAACAUGGGUCACCAUUUGUACUGUCUCAAGCCGAAACUCACCUCAGUUCCUAAAGGCGAUUGGUUCUGCGAUAGAUGUACGAAGGAGAAGGAGAAGCAGGAGAAAUUGCUACAACCCACGCCGUCCAAAAAGCGCAAGAUAUUCAAGGAGAAUCUGGAGGAAGAGGAGAGUGAUGUUGACGAGGAGGAGGAUGCAGAGGGGAGCAAAGAAAGCGAAGGAGAAGAGGAGGAGGAAGAAAAUGGUGCUUUAAAAGUCGAACUCUGCAAGCUGUGUGGUUCAGGAGGUGAACUUUUAAAUUGCGACACUUGUUCGAUAUUCUACCACAGAGAAUGCGUGUCGCCACCUCUGCGAAGGAUGCCUAGAGGACCUUGGACAUGUUCUUCAUGUAAAGAUGAUAAAGAAAGGAAGGAGGAAAAAUCUAGUGAUACAGAAGAUCAAGAUUCAGAUGUAGAAGAAGUGGUUCACAGCAGAAGAUCAAACAGAAGGGAAGAUAACAGAGAAGAUCUUCCAUUACACAAUGUAGCACUUCAAGAACUUCUCAGCGACGUCAUGAAGCACAAGGAUGCCUGGCCAUUCUUGAGGCCUGUUCAGAAAAACGAGGUACCUGACUAUUAUGAUGUUAUUACCCGACCCAUGGACUUUGGUACCAUUAAGUACAAAUUGAACAUGGGCGAAUAUAAUGAAGACCACCAGCUGAUGAGAGAUGUCGUUCUGGUUUUCGAAAAUUGCAACGCGUAUAAUCACAGUGAAGCAGAUGUUUACAAAUGUGGUGUAAAACUUGCCAAAUACCUUAAACAGAAAUGCAAAGAUGUUGGGUUAAAACUCCCUGAAGAACUGAUGAGUGAAGAUUCCUCAAUUGAAGACGAAGAAGAUACCGCGCGUCCAAAAACAAAGAAACGGCGCACAAAAUGAAAGUAUUAGUAGCUUUAUUAUACAUUACAUACAACAUAUAAAUUAUUUUUACAUUUAUAUAGAUGACCACAAAACAUAGAUUGUUGAUUUUUUUGUUCUAUGUUCUUAAUACUUUUUUGUAGUAAUUGUAGGUAGGUACUUAUUUAUAAUCAAAACAACAAUUUUGUUGUGUUUAUUUUUUGCAAAUAGUAUUUAUUUUUUGUACUGCAC